UCCUGAAGUGACAGGGAGGCAAAGCAGUAUCAUUGAUCUGAGCAGGUACCACAUCCAAAGGAGGGAUGAGGACAACCCACAGCAUUAUGGAGCCAAAUUUGGUAAAAUAGUAGGAGUUGAACUGCUGAAUCAUAGGGAACACCUGAAUGAUAAAAAUAUGAUAAAAGCUGUAGAACAGCAGCAACAAGAAGAAGCUGAUGAAAAGAUUAGAAAAUUUAUCAAAGCGAAAAAAUGUCUUACACAAUUGAGGAAAGAAAAAGAAGAUGAAACACACAGGCUAAUGGAGGAACGGAGAGAAAGAAUCAACAACUUCCUGAGUGAACUAAUGAAAAAGAAACUUGACAACGAAGAUUUGAUUAUUGCUAGAGAUAUUGCAGAAGCUGAGGCUGAAUGGGAAAAAAAAGAAAGAGAAAAAUAUGAAAAGAAUAAAGCAGAAUUAAAAGCAAUUGCAGAAUACAGAGCCACUGUGAUGAAAAAUAAAGAGGAAGAAGAAAGGCAAAAAAAAAUAGAGGCGAAAGAACAAUUGCAUGCUAUUUUGAAAGCAGAUCAAAUUUUCUAUGAGCAUGAAAAGGAGAAAAAAUGCAAAGCUGAUAAAGAACAUAAAGAAAUUCAAGAGGCCCAUAUUCAGCAAAUAGCCAAAAAUAAGUUCAAUGCAAAGCAAGCUGAAUUGGACUAUUGGAGACUAACUGAUGCACUUUUGGCUGAAAAGGAGAAAGAAUUUCAGGAUUAUGCCAGAGAAGUAAUUGAAUUUGAAUCUGAGUCAACAAAUAAAUAUAUUUACCCUCUAGUAAAAGCUGUUCAGAUGGGACCUGGAGGUGGUCGUGGGCCAGUGUUUAUGGACAGAGGUGGGAUAAGACCCAGCUAUCAGGCAAAUGAUGUUACUGGAGUUCAGCUUCCAUUUUAUAACUCUCAUGGAUCAAAAUAAAAUAAUUUUCAAAAAUCUAAGGGAAGGCUAGGUUUUACGUGGUAGAAAGUUUAUUUUUGUCAGAAUAAGUUGUAGCUGAUAGAAUGAGCUACAACUCAAAGUGAAUUAUAUGCCUAAAAUUUGUUAAUAAAGCUGUUCUUCAACUAA